AUGGAUUUAAACUUCACGCUCUCAGGGCGCGACUUGGCCGGCUUUGGCGAGCUGGCGCAGAGACUCUUUGGGAAUAAGUCCCUGUUUCCACUGGAUAACAGCACCACUGCGUCCCCAUCGGAGGAGGAAGACCUGGAAGUCAACACGGACGUGUACUCCAAAGUGAUAGUCACCGUCAUCUACGUGGCUCUGUUCGCUGUGGGCUUUCUGGGGAACUCCAUCACCCUGUACACCCUGCUGACCAAAAAGACCCUGCAGAACCUCCAGAGCACCGUGCACUACCACCUGGCCAGCCUGGCCGUCUCCGACCUGCUCAUCCUGGUGCUCUCGAUGCCCAUCGAGCUGUACAACUUCAUCUGGUUCCACCACCCGUGGGUGUUCGGGGACGCCUUGUGCAGGGGUUACUACUUCCUCCGGGACAGCUGCUCCUACGCCACCGCGCUCAACAUCGCCAGCCUGAGCGUGGAGCGAUUCAUGGCCAUCUGCCACCCGUUCAAAGCCAAGAGCAUCAUGUCCCGCAGCCGCACCAAGAAGCUCAUCAGCGCCAUGUGGUUCGCGUCCUUCGCCCUCGCCACGCCGAUGCUCUUCAUCAUGGGCCAGGUGAUGCGCAACGGCGAGAAGAUCUGCACCGCUACAGUUGCGCCCGUCACACUUAAGAUUGUGCUUCAGGUGAAUGCAUUUCUGUCCUUUGUGAUACCCAUGCUGGCCAUAUCUGCACUGAACGGGAUUAUCGCCAAUCAGCUGCUGCGAAUGUUCCGCGAGGCAGAGCAAGACAACCGUGUCUGCAUCAUUGGGGGAAAUCCCACCAUCUUGAACGUCACCGUGGAGCCCAACCGCGCCCAGUCGCUUCGCCACGGAGUUCUCGUCCUCCGAGCGGUGGUCAUAGCCUUUGUGGUCUGCUGGCUGCCCUAUCACGCUCGCCGCCUCAUGUUUUGCUACGUCUCUGACUGGUCCAAUGACUUGUACGACUUCUACCACUAUUUCUACAUGCUGACCAACAUCCUGUUCUACGUUAGCUCGGCCAUCAAUCCCAUCCUCUACAACCUGGUCUCAGCCACCUACCGUCAGAUCUUCUUCUCCACGCUACGCUACUUCUGCAUGCCCUGCCGCCAUAAACCCAGGAGGCACCUCCACCCCCUGACCCGCCACUCCAUCAGCAUCUCCAGCAACCACACCCUCUCAACCAACAUCAUCAAAGAGACGGCCUACUGAUCAGGCUGCGAUGUCAUACACUUUCUCAUACUAUAAUCCCGGUCGCUGCGGGGGUUACUGGUCCAGCUUCAUGGAAAUCCUGCCACUGGUUUGGACACUGCACACUGAUCUAGUUCUGGGGCCACCAUGAUUGUCAUGUGGGGUGAAGUGUUCACUCUUAGACCACUGUGAUUUAAUUUAAGAUGCACAUUUUAUGAUGUUAUUGUGUGAUGUGCCUUCAUUUAGUAUGACAUGAGUUUGUGAAAUCAUCAAAAACAAAAUCAUGGAUUGAAGGGAGGGUUGAGGACUGGUUUUUCCUACUCUGAUAUUACGGUGAUUAUAACUACUUACUAUCAGAACUAAGAUCUUAUAAAAAUCUCUAGAAUCUGUGCUAAUCAGCAUGAGUGACAAGUUUAUCCUUAAUUAAUUUGUAAUUAAGGAUGUAUAAUUCAGC